GUUAAAGACGUGGUUGCUAUGGUUUCAGUUGUGUGUUUAUGGUAUGCCGUCCUGAGUUUUGCAAACUUAUUAAAACACUUUCGGUAUGAUCAUUUCUAUGUAAAUUACCCACAGGGAGAAUGUCAGGUUCUGAGACUGUAACAAUAUCCUUCAUUUUUCCAAAUGGUGACACGUAUGAAGGUGAGUGUAAAAGAAAUGAAACUGGCGUUUUGGAAAGAAGUGGGACAGGCAUCCAUAAAACACCUAAUGGAAUUGUAUACACUGGACAGUGGAAACAUGACAAGAUGAAUGGUACUGGAAGACUUGAUCAUCCUUCUGGCGCAGUGUAUGAAGGAAACUUCAAAGAAAACAUGUUUCAUGGAACAGGAACAUACACAUUUCCAAAUGGAACCAAAUACUGUGGAAACUUUGAUGAGAAUAAGUUAGAAGGUGAAGCUGACUUCAUUGAUACACAAGGCUUGGUUUGGAGGGGUACAUUUCACUAUACUGCAGCCCCUGGUCUGAAGUUGAAACUAGAGAUGUAGAUAUCGUACUGUUUGAAAAGGAAUUGAGAAUAAAGAUUUAUGAAAUAAUCCAA